UGGGCAGCGGCGGAGUUUCCAGCUGCUGUAGCUGUCUGCGGACGCGGUGGGUAGUUUCGGUGGGGGAGGCACUGCUUUAAUCACUCUUAUUUGGAUUACAACCGAGCUUCAAGUAACAGCAAAAGUUGCCAGACAACAGGAGCUGCCGUCGGGUGAGGUGAAGAUGGUGGACCGGCUUGCGAACAGCGAGGCCAACUCCAAGCGGAUUGCGGUGGUUGAGAGCUGCUUCGGCGCUGCAGGUCAGCCACUGGCCAUCCCAGGCCGUGUGCUGAUUGGUGAGGGUGUUCUCACUAAACUCUGCCGCAAGAAGCCAAAGGCACGGCAGUUCUUCCUCUUCAACGACAUCCUGGUUUAUGGUAACAUCGUCAUUCAGAAGAAGAAGUACAAUAAGCAGCACAUCAUCCCUCUGGAGAGCGUCACCAUCGACACAGUGCCAGAUGAAGGCGAUCUGCGCAAUGGCUGGCUCAUCAAGACGCCCACCAAGUCUUUCGCUGUGUAUGCUGCUACUGCCACCGAGAAGUCCGAAUGGAUGAACCACAUAGGGAAAUGUGUCGGAGACUUGCUGCAGAAGAGCGGCAAGUCCCCUACAGGAGAGCACGCGGCUGUAUGGGUGCCCGACUCAGAGGCAUCUGUGUGCAUGCGCUGCAAGAAGGUGAAGUUCACGCCAGUCAGCCGCCGCCACCACUGCAGGAAAUGUGGAUAUGUGGUCUGUGGGCCAUGCUCAGAGAAGAAGUACCUCCUUCCUAGCCAGUCGUCCAAACCAGUUCGUGUCUGCGAGCACUGCUACGAUCAGCUGACAUCGGUAAACCAGGCGCGCUCAGACUCCAUCACUCGGCCGGGGUCAAAGUUCCACAGCAACAACCUCUCGGACGAUGACGACGAUGACGACAGCAGUGACUGAGGAAGGUCCGAUCCUCCCAACGGUCUGUCCAUCUCUCUGCCGUGGAGGAAGUACUCUGCUGAUUACAUUUUUUGUUUUCCAUCCUUGUGAUUGAAUCAUGAUCCACCAAGAGAGGAAUUCUGGAUUAAUUCAUUAAUUCACUUCGGAGUUCUGGUCUCAUCUACAAACCAAAAUGUUUUACCCUUUUCUGUGAAUCCAGCAGGGAUAAAUACUUUCCUGAACACAGUGAUUAAUCAGUCACUUGAGAAACUGCCUGGGUGACCAGCAGCACUUUGAGAUAAAGUUUUGACUGUUCAUCACAGCCCUUCUCCCUUCCCUCUUAAUUAGCUUCAGUUAGUCACUACAGAAAACAAAGGUGCUAAUGAGAGACUUGCCCUCUGCUCUAUACUCAGCUUAAGUUAAUUUCGUCUUCUUUCUUUUUGUCUUUCUUUCUUAUUUUUGUCCGUGCUCUCUCUCCAUGGACAUAAACAAGGUAACUGCUUGUAAUUUCUGCAGGGAAAAGCAAAUGUUUGGGCUGUAGCCUCUGUCUUUGGUUUUCUUUCAGGUAUUUCACCAAACAGGACUUUAUUAUAACAGAAUUCUGCACUAUUUUUGUAAAUUGGACUCCAGCAAAAUGAAAAGUUUCCCUUUUAUAAAUAUAUAUUGUGCUAAACCCAGAGCUUUUUCUAAUCUACUAUAGCUGCUUUUGACAAAUCAACUAAAGCUUGUCUCACGGUGAGCGAUUGUUUCUCUUUUAACAACCACGUAUGAGUUUUCUUAGAGGCUGGCCCCAAGCUUACUCUGCCUUCUUCUAUACCCUCACAUAGUGCCUUGUAGAAAACUCAGCUUAGCCUUCAGCAAGCAGAAAGGUUAGUAGAUAAUAAAACAAGACUGCAAAAAACAGCGACUUCAUGAUAGGUUGACUCUGAAACACAUUAUAGAGGGUAGGGAUGUUGUUUGGUUUUGUGUGAAGACCAGGGCGAUUAUAGACCAGGGAUCAGAUGGGAACGGUUCAAUUUGUUCCUAGAAACACUUGAAAGUCACUUAAACCAGCCAUCCAAUCUUGUAAGGGCAGUCACUGGCUUUUCCAUUUAGCUGCUAGUGGGCAAUUUUUCACUAGAGGAAUUAACUAAUUGCCUUGUUUCCACAUUGUGUUAAAAACCAGAGGAUGAAUGGAAAGUAUUGGUGAUCAACAUUCUCUCUCACACACACACACACACACACAUCUUUCAACAGAUGGCUUGUGUGGACCUGUGUUCCAGACGAGGCUGAUUGAACGCUAGUUGAGAGGUUGCUUUAGACCUUGUGAAAAUCUUUCAUAGCCGACCAUGGCUGGGAAAUCUAGUUAGACUUCUAUCAAACACCCCAUUGCUGAUCAAACAAUCUAAAGUUUACCUUCAGAAAUAAAUAACUAGCCAGCCAAAUAUACUCUGAUUCUGAAUAUUGAUUGAAUAAAGCACACAUUACUUUGCAGUGCUGGGCUGAUAUGUUCAUUUGUUCCCAAAAAGCUGUUGCACUGACCCCGCCUGUGAGUAAUUAUACAGCAUUUCCCACAUAUUUUAAUUCCAUUUUUGCUCCAUUGUCCAUCCAUGCUAAACAAUACCCUUCAUAAAGGGCCCUUUUGGAAAUAUUUUAAUCAGCAAGUACCCUGUGAUACAUAAGUAAUUGAGCGUUACAAUCACCUGCAUCUCCAAUGAGUCUUUCAUCCUCUUUAACUGCAAGGCCCUGUUCUGCUCUGCAGUUGAGCUCAGAGUUUGAGACACAAAAAGCAUUACAGCUUCUAGCAACCGUAGUUCUAGGGUUUGCAGCAGAAGAUCUCCAGUUGUCAGAUGGAGUACAGGACAGUGAUGCUAGAAUCCACUGAAACAAGAACUCAAGCAGAGUAAUGACCUCCAAGUCCAACACAAUGCCAAGAUGGCCAAAAUAGCAUCUUGAGUAACGUGAGAUUAGAAGGCCUUUGGGACUGAACUUUUAAAAUAAGGUCAUGGUGUUAUCAGACUGCAAAAAUAAAAUCUGCUAAACCAAGUUGCAAAAUAUUCUUGUGGGGCUGUUAAGUCUCUGCUAUAACUUUAAUGUCACAUUAUAACAAAAGACAAAAAUUGGUAAAACAUGAAGUUGCUAGAGUGGGUAAAGACAAAGAAUUGAAGUUUUUUGCACCUGGUUGGGUUUUGUUAGCUGUAGGUUAUUUUUAUCUUUGUGUUAUACAAACGGAUCCGAUUAAUGUAAUACCUCACAAAGAGGUAGCAGUAGUUUGGAUUUUUUUUUCGAUACGAUUGUUUAACACUCAGCUAAUGCCUCCAGUGAAUGACUGAAUGAAUGAAAUGAAAUGAAAUGCAGUAAUAAGGAAGUUUUAGGGCCUGGUGUGUGUUUUUCUUUUCUUGCACAACUGUGUGUGAACCAUAGGUUGUGAAAUUCCUACCUGCUCAGCAGCUUAGCAGGUUUUCUGGAAUGAACAUCAGGAAAUCGGCAUGUUGUCUUCCUGUCACUUGCCCUUUACUGUGCUGCUCUUUUACGUCAGAGGGAAAUACUGUGUCAUAAAACAAACACACCUCUUUUGAACUCUGCCAACGCAAGCGACCAUAACAGUCUGUCCAUCUUUCUUUCCUUCCUUCCUUCCUUCCUUGUGUACUUGCUUCCUUUUUCAGUACCAUCACUUCUCCAUGGAAACCACAGCUUGUAGAUCAUGUGACACAGUGUGUGUGAAUUAAGUCAUGUGAUUGGGUACUGAACGAGGAACUGAAAAAAAAAAACUCCUUUGGGGAAUUGACUACCUUCUACAGCCUGCAGAGAACUCCGGUUCAGUUCGCUUACCAGAUGUUCAUGUUAUCAGUUUCAGUGUGAGUUUCUGUUCUCAGUGAGUCCUGUGAAGAGUUUCAUUCCUCAGACUUAACAUUUUCAAAUAAACAGCACUCAAAGUUGACUCUGAACUCCGCAGGAUCAUUAAUUUCUCGGUAUUUAUGGCCCAAACUUGUACUCAGAUACUCAUCAGUCUGCUUCUCUGCUGUAUGCACUCUGCUGGCUCAUUCUGUGCUGUUGGAGGUCUCAGGAUUGUCACUAUUUGUAAAAGUGCACUUGUAGCAUCUAAACCAAGACUGAGUUAGGAUUCUCGUCUGUCCUGUUUCCCUGCGUCACUGCAUGUCUGCUUAGAAAAUCCAACAUUUUUAUCAGAUUGACGCAUCACGCUUCACAUUGACGGGCGUUUACAGUAUUCUUAAGAAAAGAUUUAGCAACUCUGGAAUAUUGACGGGAAUGUUUUCUCAGUCACAUUAGAAACACAAGACAUGCAGUGCAUGACAGCCAUGUCAUCUGCCAGGAAUGCAUUAGAAUGCCAGGCAUUUUGCCUAUUGACAACUCGACUGAACGAGUAAUCUUAACAUAUUGUAUGAACCUGUCGAAGUCUGAAAGCAGGACAUCAGCAGCUUGGAUGAGACCUUUUUUUUAUUGUUUUAAAUGAGCUACAGAGUGUAAAGGUCACCAUAAAGUCAGCGUAGACUGCUGCAUUGAUUUCACUAAAGUGCAUCUGUUGGAUCGGCUGACUGAAAAAGUCAAAACACCUCCUACGGGGACAGCCUGUGACACCCAGCUCCAACCAAGCAGACUCUCACUCACGUGAAACUUCAUUUUCACAGACGGGUGAAAGUGUGAACUUGUAUUUUGGAAGUUUUCUUCUCGUUAAAUAGAGCACACUAACUGCAUCAGGAUAUUUGGAAUGAAACUCCUCAUAGGUGUUUGUUUAAAACAAAAGACAUGGGAUAAGAUGUACAUGAGCACACUGCAGUCAGGACUAGAAACCGAAACCACAGAAGUGAUUUUACUUUUAUCUGAGAUCAAACGGGAUUUGGAAAACAAGUUUGCGUUGCUUCUAACAAAAGCUGAACCUUUACCUUUAUGUCCAACACCUCUGAGUGUCUACAGAUGAUUUCCUUCAUUGUGACUUUCUUUCUACACAGAUAUACAGUAACAGUACAGCAUUAAGCAUCUCAGUAAACCAGCAGAACAGGAAGAAGAAAGGGAUCAUUUUCUUGUUAUGAUCUUAUAGGUUAAACUUUCUGGUAAUGUUAUAGCGAUAAGAGAAAUGACCAUGUUAAUGAUCACUAACCAGCUGUCCUUUAUACUCACUGUGGCGGUGGUGCUCACGGAGAGACGAUGACGUCACUGUCGAAUCCAGAAGCACAAAGUCCGGCCUCAGGUUUGCUGUGGAUUGCACUCAACAAAGUCGGCACAUGGAUUCUGAUCCAGGUUGUUACCAUAUACUGUCAGAUCCACAGCGACUGGACAUUUUCAAAUGAAUCCUCAUGUUAUUUUAAGCCUGUUGAUUUUUGUACAUUUGUACAGAUUUGGGUUCUUUGGGUUGUAAUGUUUUUGUUGUACAGUUCUCAUAAGUUUCUGAAAUGACGCUGUCUCAAGUCUUUUUGUGCUCAGCCCUCCUCUUCGUCCUGUCUGUCACAUGUCAUCAGCAUCUGCAGCUUUGUAAUACAGUUAAAAAACAGAUGGGAACGUUUUGAUGGCCACCAUGCAGCCAUGUGUGUUUUAAGAGAUCCUGCUCCUCAGGAAAGGCAACAGCAGCCGGCAAAUAUUAAAUGCCCGGUUCAAAGACACCUAGUUCCUGUGUUUUUGGGGGGGUUAUAUGCACUUAAACGGGUCACAACGCUGAUUUCUUGGUAGUAAAACUUCUAGUAUACAGUACAAAACUAAGGAUUGCAAUAUGUACUUGGUUUUAAAUGUCUCAUUCCACAGUUUGACUAAAAUUGAAUCAUUUUUUUUCCACCUCCCAACCUCCCAAACAUAUUGACCAAGAGAAAUGACACAGUCUGAUGCAGACGUACAAAAACCCGAUGAGUCAUUACUCCCCCCCACAAGAUUGUCUGUACAGUGUGAUCCUGCUGCAGAGUGAACCAUGAACAUAAAAACAUCUAAAUCUUGGCUGAUUGAGAAUGUUACACUUAACUGGCUUUUAUAUUUUUUUUCCCCACUUUUCCAUCUGGACAGAACUUUUGUGCUGUAAAUUACAGUGUCCAGCUGUUUGCGUGUUCACACUGUGAGCAACAUGUCUGACAGGUGGCGCUGUUUGCGUUGAUUGUAGAUUGAGGGGUUCUGAUUACUUCUCCAAGCAUUGAUUAAGAAAAUGUCACAUGUAAACAAAUCACACAUGUAAUUGUUUUGAUUUUUAGAGGAUUUUUUUUUUUUCUUUUUCUUAAAUGGCCCAAUAGUGAAACUAAUGCAGGGAAGGGCAUGUUAAUAACAAAUAAAUAAAAUAAAAAUAAAACCUUCAACUGAAAGAGUGAAUAUAAUGUGUGUUACUUGUGACUUUUUUUUUUAAGCUGAUCACUCUGCUGCAUUCAGGCGAUGUGCUUGUAUUCAAAACUCUAAAAUUAUCUCAAGCAUGUGACCUUUAUGUUGUGUUUAUAGGUCGUGAACUGGCAAAGCAGUGGAAAAGUCACUGGAGGCUGUAAAUAAUAGUCUAAACCUAACAUCUAGUAUUUGAUCUUGAUAGUAGCAUGGAUUUGCAGCUGGAAGCUGUGCAGAAAAUUGAUUCAUUAUUAUGAUUUUUCUCGGCUUUUUCCAGCACAUUUCAUCCUUCAGUGGCUGUAAGAACAGCUGAGCCAGCCACAACGCUGCAGGGAUAAUUAAAGCUCAAAAUCUACUUUUUUUUUGGACAAUUUUCUGUAAGUCUGACACAUAUGGGUCUAUCAGGAUAGUGUGGACUCACUCUCUACACAUGUCCAAACUUAAGCGCAAAAUAUGACAGAAAGACAGUCUUUGAGUCCAGAGGUAAAAUACUAAGGCUAUAAAGAUAUAAAAAGGAGAAAAGUGAAUGCUUUUAUUUUGAAAAUACGGGCCGAUAAUUUUUAUAUUCAGCCAGUAAACUAACAUGUGGUGACUGAAUGCUGCUCAGUUCAGCUCAUGUCGCUCACAGUAUGAACCACUUGGUUGAGGGUGGUGAUGUUUUCAGGUGUGGGAUAAUAUCCGCAAGUGAAUCGGAGAAGAGCUGCAGAUCUUGAGCUUCACACAUUUUCCUUAGGAGCCGACUUGGGACAGCUGAAAAAGAUCUCAUUGCUUCUUGUGAUUUAGGUUUUGUUGUACAAAUGUUUUCUGUUGCUGUUUGAUUUCAUUGUUGGUUUUAUUUCCUAGUUCUGCGGGUAAUCUUAAUUCUCUAAAAAGGGCUUAAAUCAGAAUGUAACCCGGCAUAUCUUCUUCAUACUAAUUCUUUAAGAAUUGCUUUAGUAUCUCUUAUAUAAAUGAUGUAACGGUUAAAAUUCAAAUAUUGUCCUGUGUUGUCUUUAUUUGACCUCUUUCUGGGAAAAAAUAAGAGGGUCAUCUUGUGAAAAUAGAUUUCAUGAUUAUUAAACGUGAUUUUUGCACUAA